UAUGAGCAAAGAUGUAGAAAAGAGUGUUUGGUUUAACUUUCUUGCAGGUGCAAUGGCAGGUAUAAUAGGAGAUAUGUGUGUCCAUCCGAUAGACACAAUAAAAACGAGACUGCAAGCACGGCGAAAGCAACUUUACAAAGGUCUAAUAGACGGGUUUAGAAAAAUUUUACUACAUGAGGGUGUUGGUGCCUUCUAUCAGGGAUUUGGAACUGUUGCGACCAUGACAAUACCAGCUCAUGCACUGUAUUUCGGGGGGUACGAAGUAACAAAAAGCGUUUUACAGCCAUCACGUUCAGAUGGGGACAAGAGCCUUUGGGUCUACUUCAUUUCAGGUAUUGUAGCAGACGUGUGCGGCUCUAUAAUGUGGGUGCCGAUGGAUGUUUUAAAACAGCGUUUGCAGAUGCAAAAUAAUUGUGAAAUGAAAGUCCAAAAAACAAGACUCCUACUAUGUUCAAUUGUCAAGAAUGAAGGAUUCAGGGGGCUUUAUCGAGGGGCGGUAGCCGGAUUGGCUACUUAUGCACCCUACGUAGGCAUGUAUUUUGUAUUUUACGAACAAUGGAAAACUGGAGUAUCUAAAUGGAACCAAAAACCCAGAAAUGAAAUCGGAGUGAUAGCGAGUUUAACAGGAGGUUUUUUGUGCGGAGCAGCGUCAGCUGCAAUAACCUGUCCACUGGACGUUAUAAAAACGAAUAUCCAAGUAUACACAACAAGAGAGGGCGGGUAUAAAAACAUGAAAACAGCUGUAAGGGGACUGUAUAACCAAUACGGUUGGAAUGCCUUCUCAAGAGGACUAGUAGCACGUGUUAUGUGGAUAGCACCUGGUACAGCAAUUACAAUUGCAGCAUAUGAGCAAUGCAAAAAGCUAGAUCGAAAAAUAUGCUCAAUUACAAAAUUUAGUACAAAGACUAAAGAGUGA